AUGGCGGCUCGGCAGAAGGUCGUGGAUGAAGACUCAGACCUGAGCCCGCUGGAGGGAGACAGUGCAGAGGAGCUGGGUGUGCUGGACCCGGAGCUGGAAGCCAUCAAGGCUAAAGUCCGUGAGAUGGAGGAGGAGGACGAGCGGCUCAAGGAGCUGCAGGCUGAGGCCAAGAACCACCUCAUCCUGAGAUCACAGGCAGGUAUUCCCUUUCCUAGGACAGCAGAGGAGAAAAUCGAGGCGGAUCAGAGAUCCAUUUACGUGGGCAAUGUGGACUAUGGUGGAACAGCAGAAGAGCUGGAGUCCCAUUUCAAUAGCUGUGGGCAGAUCAACCGAGUGACCAUCCUCUGUGAUAAAUUCUCCGGACAUCCCAAAGGGUAUGCAUACAUUGAGUUUGAGGACAAGAGCUCUGUGAAGGCAGCGGUAGAGCUGGACAAGAGCAUGUUCAGAGGUCGGGUCAUCAAGGUGCUGCCCAAGAGGACCAACAUGCCAGGUAUCAGCACAACUGACCGUGGUGGCUCAAGGGGCCGUUUUCCAAGCAGGGGGGGCCUGUCGCAAAGGGCAAACGUCUAUGGAGCACUGAGAGCAAGAUCCCGAGGGAGAGUGUACAGGGGUCGUGGCAGGCUAUCGCUGUGGUACUCUCCCUACUAGGCCGAAGGAUGGGAUGACGCUGGAGACUCCAACAGGGCUG